AUGCAAAGAAAACCAAUGAUCCCAGAGAAGAGACUCAGUGAAGUGACAAUCAACGACCUUGAAGUCCUCAACUGUGAAUAUGGCAAGAAUACAAUUAAGUUCCUUCGCCUUCAUAAAGAGGGAAAGAAGGAGUUUGUUAAAGAAGUGGAAGUGUGUGUGCAUCUCCGGCUGACUUCUCCUCAGGAGUACCUGGAAGGAAACAAUUCUCUUGUGAUACCUACAGACACCAUAAAGAAUAUUGUCCUCGUGUUGGGCAAAAAAAAUGGGAUCCCAAGUUUAGAACAAUUUGCUAUAGAUAUCUGCAAUCACUUCAUGACAACAUUUUGCCAAGUGGUGUACGUCAAAACCUACAUUCAAGAAGUACCAUGGCAACGUCUGCAUGAGGAUGGCGUUCCCCACAUUCACUCAUUCAUAUGUGUUCCUGAUGGGAUCCGCUUUUGUGAAGCUGAGCAGUGCCGGAAUGGUCCUCUGGUUGUCUUUGCUGGAAUUAAGGACCUGAAACUUAUGAAGACAACACAGUCUGGAUUUGAAGGCUUCUAUAAGAAUGAACACACCACACUUCCUGAAAGACAUGACAGGAUUCUGUGUGGAGAGUUCUUCUGCAAAUGGUCAUAUGGCGAAUGCAAGGAUUUUGACUUUAACUGCAUAUGGAAGAAAAUCCGUGAAUGUAUCCUUGAAGCCUUUGCUGGACCACCUGACUGUGGGGAAUAUUCACCCUCUUACCAGAAAACUGUCAACUCUAUCCAGAUGCAUGUCCUUUCCAGAGUGCCACAGGUACAGGUCAUAGAAGUCGUCUUGAACAACACUUUUUAUAACAUUGUAGACAUGAAGAAUCUAGGCUUGACCAAUGACAAAGAAGUUUUGGUUCCAGUGGAAACUCCUUAUGGCUCCUGUGCUUGCACACUUGGUCGGAAGAAGUUUUUUGAAGCACAAGGCCACAUGCUGAGAGAUGAGAGGAAAUGUCAGUUUGGACUGGCAGCUGCCCAGGGAAACUAA